UUUGAAGAAUGAGAAUGAGUUUCUUGCGCACAUGGUUUCUAUUCACUCAGGUUAGAGCAGCUGAUCCUCCAUGCAGUGUACAAGGGCUGCCCAAUCCUCCUCAACUCAGCAAAGAUGGGGAUGUACUGAUUGGUGGGAUCUUUUCCAUCCACAGCAAAUGGAACCAGCCAGGACAAACAUUCACAUCAGGACCACAGCAAGGAGAAUGCACAAGUUUGAAUCUCAGAGAACUGAAAAAUAUACAAACAAUGGUAUUUUCCAUUGAGGAAAUCAACAGCAGAACCGAUAUUCUUCCUGGCAUCAACUUGGGUUAUAAAAUCUAUGAUACCUGUGGAUCAGUUGAAAUGACCACAAGAGCCUCAUUGUCCUUAGUAAAUGGUGAAAAAAAUAAAACUACAGUGUCCUGCUCUAAAACUGAAACAGUUCAAGCAAUCAUAGGAGAAUCAUCAUCUACCCCCACUAUUGCUAUAUCUGCUACAGUGGGACCUUUACACAUACCUGUGGUCAGUCACGCUGCAUCAUGUGCAUGCUUAAGUGACAAAAAAAACCAUCCAUCUUUCUUCAGAACUGUUCCCAGUGAUUAUUUCCAGAGCAGAGCGUUGGCAAAGCUCGUCAAAUAUUUUGGAUGGACAUGGGUAGGGGGCCUAUACAGUAAUAAUGUUUAUGGGAUGAAUGGCAUAAAUGAAUUUAUCAAUUCAGCAAAAAAAGAGGGAAUCUGUGUUGAGUAUUCCAAUGCAAUCUUAAGGACAGACUCCAGAGAAAAAAUUCUGAAAGUAGUUGAGAUUAUCAAGGCUUCAACCUCCAAAGUUAUUGUAGCUUUUGUCUCAUACUCUGACAUGGGGGUUCUUUUAAAGGAAAUGGCCUUACAGAACAUGACAGGGUUUCAGUGGAUUGGAAGUGAGUCUUGGAUUUCUGAUUUAAACCCUGCCAAUGUUCAAUGGCAGCAUGUUCUAAAAGGGUCUUUGGGUUUUGCUAUCCCAAAAGCUGAAAUCACUGGCCUUGGGGAAUUUCUGACUAAGCUUAAUCCAGCUUCUGAUAUAGCUAUUUACAAAGAGUUGUGGGAGACAGUAUUUCAGUGUAAACUUUCAACACAAGAAAAUGUUGAGAUGAAACAAUUGUGCAAGAGCAACGAAAGUCUCACUCAAGUUCAAAACCUUUAUACAGAUGUUUCAGACUUACGACUUGCAAAUAAUGUUUAUAAGGCUGUUUAUGCUGUGGCUUAUGCCCUUCAUAGCAGUUAUGGAUGUUCAAAGAGGGACAGUGGACAAGGUGCUGAUGUGUGUACAAACCUUGCAGAUAACCAGCAACCAUGGAAGGUAAGUGUAACAAAAUAGACUCGUGAAAAUAAUAUUCACACUUA